ACAGUAUUACUGUUGAAGAUUAGUCAGAUGCCUUCCGUCCAUUCCCUGCCUCACAUGCUAUGUCAUGCCAGCUUUGGAACACUUAGAACAUAAUUUAAAUGAAUGACUAAUUUGGCAAGCAUAAUGGAAGGCACGCAUACCAUCCUUCAAUUGCACAAACCCAUUAUGGAGGUUUGUUACAUCAGCUUCUAUCAUCCAGAGGGAAAAGCCAGAGGAUUUACUUACAAGGGCUCUGUAGCUCUGGACAGAACCAGUAAGCGUUUCUGUGGCUGCUAUCAAGUGAGGGAGAGGUUAGACAUGGAGCUGAGAGAACAACCAUAUGAAAACUUUGGAGGUAUUAUUUUCAGGCAAACUACCACGAAAGACCUUCUCACUGAGCUGUACAAACUAGCUGCUGAAAAGGAAAACCURUUAUCCAGCGUUUUGAGAUCACAUCAUAUUCUGGACUUUAGGGCAGAACAUCAGGAGGAAAAGCGACAGGAUGUUUCUGGAGUCCCGAAACCUAAAUGUGAUAAUUACUCCAGUCUUACGCAUCAGCAGGAGUUAUUUCUGGAUUCCACAAAGAGAGACAAUUUGAAUCACAAAAAAAUGAGGAAAUACAGAAGGAAAGAGAACUUUGAGGAGAUCAAACACGGGAAAGAGGGGAAAAAGAUACAUGAACAUCUUUUUGUACUGAGUACACAAGACAUGCAACAGAAAAAUAAGAUGCUCUCCACAAAACUUUCUACCAGGAGUUAUCCCCAUUCCUUUUCUGCCUCCAGAUGGCUAACAGUGAAAGGUAAGGAUAAUUUACCAUUAGACAGUAGAAUACAACCAGAAAUGUGGACAGAAGGGGGAUAUUUUCUUAAGAGCAACAAAGCUGAGAAAUUGGAUGCUGACUUACCAAGUUCUAGCUGUAAAGACAUCAGCAAUGUGCUUGUAGUUGAACCAGUGGAYAAUAGGGAGUGCAUUCCUGAAGUUACCAGGGUGCAACAGAGAACAACUUCGGUGAAGUCAUCUCAGUACAGUCCAKCUAACAAACUUGAGACAUUAGGUAAAUCUACAGCUGCUAAAUGCUUGAAAAAUAGCAACUAUGCCGAGCUGGUGUUCAAGGAGAAACCAGGAGUCACAGCUGUUGCUGAAAUCCAGGAUUUAGAUGCUUGUAUUAAAAACGUUACCGAUCCCCCUGCAGAGUCUUCACCUGAUUUUUGCAGAGAUAAUGAAACCUUUUCUCCUGCUCUCACAGCAGCCCAUAACGAGUUUGUAUCAAGAACUGAUGUAUACUCAGUAGAUGAAGCAGCUGCAGACUCUAAUAACAGUGUGCUGCAGGAAAAGGAGGAAGACUGCUCUGGUUUGCAGUACAAAGCAGAGAGAGUACACAUUACUGAUGAGUCAUGUAACCUUGUGGGAGCAGUUAAUAAAGCUCUUCUGAAAGUUAUCCGGAGCGACAGUUUAGAUGAAGCUGCAGAAUGGAAGAGACUGCAACAAAUUACAAGAGUAGACAGAAACCUGCCAGGCUCACUACAUGAGAAAAGGACCACGGYAUCCCGGGGAAACAGCAAGCAUUUAUUUUUGAACCUGCCUGUAAAUGAAAGUCCUGAUACUCCUCAGACAAGUAAUAAUCUUAAACUGGAAGAGAAAAGGCUGCUUUCACCGCCAUUAGCAGCAGUGAGUAAUGUUUUUAGUAAUUCAUAUCCGCUAUCUAAUACACACAAACAAAUGUCACCUAUUCCUUCUCCGUUAUCUUCGAGACUGCCUAGCCCGCAGCUGCAUCACCGCAUCCUCCCGUUACCAACACAGGACACCGAGGAUCAAUCUAUGUUCAGUGACUACGGCCACGGAAGACAUGGUGCUGUAAACUUCUCUUUCAGUGACUUGGAGCCGCAGUUUUAUCGGAAGUUUUCUGAACCUGGAGAAUUGGGAUUUGCCACCAGACAGCGGAGCCUACAGCAGAAUACAACUGCAGGACAUUUUGAAAAGUGUGCUGUGCAAGGAAAGUUAACUACUCAGACACAGCAGAACUUCUGUCCAGGUCACUUGGGCCUUCCAGCAGAGUCUGCUUUAAAGGAUGACUUCACUGAACGGCUGACUAAUUUGGAUGUGGCAAACAGAGAUGAAGAUACGUGGGUUCUGGAUUGCAGACUGGGGCACUCAAAUGCAUUUCCUCAUUCGAGUGAGAAAGAGAAGAGCAACAGAAGUGUGUUGCAUCUGAGCCUGGAACUGAAUCCUGACCUGAGUCCCUCAGAGCAAGAUGACAAGACUCCAGGGAGACUCCAGACUGUCUGGCCGCCACCUAAAGCAAAGCAUGAAGAAGUAAAAGUAGGAUUAAAGUACACAGAAGCAGAGUACCAAGCUGCCAUUCUGCAUUUAAAGAGAGAACACAAAGAAGAAAUUGAAACAUUAAAGUCUCAGUUUGAACUCAGGGUAUUCCAUAUUCGUGGAGAACAUGCUGUAUCAACUGCUCAGCUUGAGGAAACCAUUGCACAUCUGAAAAAUGAACUUGAUAAUAAAUUGAACAGAAGAAAUGAAAAAGCAAAGGAUAUUGGUGUUUCUACUGAAGAUGAUAACCCACCAAAGGCAUACCGAAAUGUAUGUAUACAGACUGACAGAGAAACUUUCAUAAAGCCUAGUGAAGAAGAAAAUAGAGCUAUGAAAAAUAACCAAAUAGUACCUAAAAAGCUUAAUAUUUCUUCUUUGACACAUAGUAUGUCUGCCCAAAGUGAAAAUAAGGACAAUUACAGUGUACAGGCAUCAGAAAGUGUCUUGACUUGUCAACUAAAACAAAUGCCUCCUCCACCACCACCACCUCCGCCUCCCCUUCCUGAUUCUUCACUGUCAGGUUUAGUUCCUCCACCACCACCUUUGCCAAUGGGUCCAGCCUCAGUGACGUCUCACUUUGGGUCUGCUCCACCACUGCCACCUGCACUUUCUGAAGGCUGUAGGAAUUUUCAAGCACCACCGCCACCACCACCGCUUCCAGGAGGGCUGGGACCUCCUGUUCCGCCUCCACUGCCUGGAUCUGGGUUACCUCCACCCCCUCCACCUCCUGCACCUGGGUUCUUUUUUAAUAGCACUUUAUCUUCAAACCAAGGACCACGAAAACCUGCCAUUGAACCUGGCCGUCCCAUGAAGCCCUUGUACUGGACACGAAUACAGUUGCAAGAUAACAGGAAAACCGCUAUGCCCACAUUAUGGGAAUCACUAGAAGAACCUGAUAUACUUGACACUACCGAGUUUGAAUAUUUAUUCUCCAAAGACACCACUCAGGAAAAAAGAAAACCAUUGUCAGAGACUUACGAAAAAAAAACCAAGGCCAAAAAGAUUAUCAAAUUACUGGAUGGAAAACGGUCUCAAACUGUAGGAAUUUUAAUAUCAAGUUUGCACUUGGAGAUGAAGGAUAUUCAACAAGCUAUAUUGUGUGUUGAUGACUCCGUAGUAGAUCUGGAAACACUGGAAGCUCUAUAUGAAAACAGAGCACAAAAGGAUGAACUGGAGAAAAUCAAGCAAUAUUAUCAGAAUUCAAAAGAGGAGGAGCUGAAACUUCUGGAUAAACCAGAACAAUUUUUAUAUGAGUUAUCUCAAAUCCCCAACUUCGCAGAACGAGCUCAGUGUAUUAUCUUCCAGACAGUUUUCUCUGAAGGGAUAACAUCAGUGCACCGGAAAGUAGAUAUCAUAACUCGUGUUUCCAAKGCUUUGCUGAGCAUGACAAGUGUAAAGGAAAUUUUAGGUUUGAUUCUGGCUUUUGGAAAUUACAUGAACGGAGGAAAUAGGACCAGAGGUCAAGCUGAUGGAUUUGGUUUGGAAAUACUCCCCAAACUAAAAGAUGUCAAAAGCAGAGAUAGUGGAAUUAAUCUUGUGGAUUAUGUCGUCAUAUAUUACCUGCGCCAUUGUGAUAAGGAAGCAGGAACAGACAAGAGUAUUUUUCCUUUACCAGAACCACAGGAUUUUUUCCAGGCCUCCCAGGUUAAAUUUGAAGACCUAAUAAAAGACUUAAGGAAACUGAAGAGAGAUCUAGAAGCCUCUGAAAAGCAGAUGAAGUUAGUUUGCAGAGAGUCUUCUGAAGAGCAUCUCCAGCCCUUCAAGGAGAAACUGGAGGAAUUCUUCCAGAAAGCUAAAGAAGAACGGAUGAAGGAAGAGAACAGUUUGGAAAAUGCUCAAAAAUGCUUUGAAGAAACAGUGGGAUACUUUGGGAUAAAGCCAAAGCCUGGAGAGAAGGAGAUCACACCAAACUAUGUUUUCACGGUGUGGUACGAAUUCUGCAGUGACUUCAAGACCAUUUGGAAACGAGAGAGCAAAAGCAUUUCCAAGGAACGAAUCAAAGUGGCUCAGCAAUCAGUGAGCAAGUUAACUGCAGAGAAGAAAGUUGAAACGAAGAAAAUCAAUCCUACAGCUAGCCUGAAAGAAAGACUGCGUCAGAAGGAAGCCAGUGUGACAGCCAACUGAAGGAAGAAGAAUGGAGUGAUUUCAUACCUUGCAUGAUGCUUUACAUAUACCCAUGGCCCAGGAAGCACCUUAUGUUAGAUACUGAAUUCUGCUUUGAUGAUUUGUUCCAAGACAAUCCAUUAAAGACUUUUGAGUUCCUUCA